CAGAGCAAGGGACGAGAACCAUGGCAACCGUGACAGCUUCACACGUUGUGUCAAGGAGCUCAAAUGUGAGCAGCCAUGGAUCAGAAACAAAGGCAAGUUUGGGUCAAAUUGGCUUAAGGAGCCAAAGCAUGACCCACAGUGGUUUAAGGUCACUGAACAUGACGGACAAGCUGCAAAUGAGGACUCAAGCAUUCGCUAGGAAGUCUGUGAAAAAGGCCUAUGCCACUUGGAAUGACACUUCAGGAAAAAUUGUUUGUCUUCAAGGAGGAAUGACUGUGGUCUUUGUUGGCAUAGAGGUUGCUCCUUGGAGCAAAACUGGUGGUCUUGGUGAUGUCAUUGGUGGACUUCCUCCAGAAAUGGCUGCAAGAGGCCACCGGGUUAUGACAAUCUCUCCCCGAUUUGACCAGUACAGAGAUGCAUGGGACACUUGUCUAUCGGCUCAGAUACAGGUUGGAGACAGAAUUGAAACUGUUCGUUACUUCCACUGCUACAAGCGUGGAGUUGAUCGUGUGUUCGUGGAUCAUCCAAUGUUCCUAGAGAAGGUAUGGGGCAAAACUGGAUCCAAAAUCUAUGGUCCUACAGCUGGAGAGGAUUACCAGGAUAAUCAACUGCGGUUUAGCUUGUUCUGCCUGGCUGCUCUUGAAGCACCAAGGGUUCUGAGCUUUAACAGCAGCAAACAUUUUUCUGGACCAUAUGGUGAGGAUGUUGUCUUUGUUGCCAAUGAUUGGCACACAGCUCUCCUCCCAUGUUACUUAAAAUCAAUGUACCAAUCCAGGGGACUUUUCAUGAAUGCGAAGGUUGCCUUUUGCAUCCAUAACAUUGCUUACCAGGGCCGAUUUGCCUUCUCAGAUUUCUCACUCCUCAAUUUGCCAGAUAGGUUCAAGAGCUCUUUUGACUUCAUGGACUUGUAUGACAAGCCUGUGAAGGGAAGGAAACUCAAUUGGUUGAAGGCUGGUAUAAUGGAAGCACAAAUGGUUUUUACAGUGAGCCCUUACUAUGCCCAGGAACUUGUUUCUGGAGUUGAAAAGGGUAUGGAAUUGGAUGGCUGCAUCCGUAAAACUGGCAUUACUGGUAUCAUAAAUGGUAUGGAUGUUCAAGAAUGGAAUCCUGCAACAGAUAAAUACACUAGCAUCAAAUAUGAUAUCGCAACUGUCUCCUAUGCAAAGCCAUUAUUGAAGGAAGCACUUCAAGCAGAAGUUGGAUUACCUGUUGACAGAGAUAUUCCUGUAAUAGGCUUUAUUGGUAGACUGGAAGAGCAAAAAGGUUCAGAUAUUCUUGCUUCUGCCAUUCCAAUGCUGGUUAAAUAUAAUGUGCAGAUAAUAGUCCUUGGAACUGGCAAAAAAUACAUGGAAAAGCAGAUUGCCGAGCUUGAGAAAAAGUACCCUGAUAAGGUCAGAGGAGUGGCAUUGUUUAAUGUCCCCUUGGCCCAUAUGAUCAUCGCUGGUGCUGACUUUAUGAUAAUCCCCAGUAGAUUUGAACCAUGUGGCCUGAUUCAGUUGCAUGCUAUGCGAUAUGGAACGGUGUGCAUCGUUGCCUCCACUGGUGGACUUGUUGACACUGUCAAGGAGGGUUACACAGGAUUCCACAUGGGAGCCUUCAGUGUUGAGUGUGAGGCAGUUGAUCCAGCAGAUGUGGCUGCAAUAGUUAGGACUGUCGUAAGAGCUCUAGCAGUCUACGGCACUGCUGCCUUCAGAGAAAUGAUAAAGAAUUGCAUGUCCCAAGAUCUUUCAUGGAAGGGACCAGCCAGACUCUGGGAGAAGAUGCUGUUAAGCCUAAAUGUUGCUGGCAGUGAAGCUGGCUCCGAAGGAGACGAGAUUGCUCCACUUGCCAAGGAAAACGUUGCCACUCCUUGAUCAACAGAGAUAAUAUUUACUGGUUUCUAUGGACUACAUAAAUGAAUCACGAUAAAGUCAUACAAUCUACUACACACUAACAAAGCUUGCUGGGAUUCGAAGUUGUUUGGCAAUCGUUGGCGUUUUGGAAGGCUGAAUGGUGUCUGUGUCUCUGUAAAGAGAAGUCAUAACUAACAUGUAAAGCUGGUUUGAGAAAUCAGAAAAAGAUUCCUCAGUUUUCCAUUCUUUAUGUGGCUAAAUAAAGACUUCUUCUGAUAAAGGUGCUUUCGUGUUGUGGUCCUGUGGAUAGAUCGAUCCUGUCCACCACAGAUGUAAGCUUGUAGAUCUUUAGAAGUCUCUGUGAAUUCAGUGCUUUAGUACUAUAGCUAAACGUAGUUCUUCGUGUACAGAAUUUUCUUUCUGAAUGUAUUGCAGAGUUCUGGAUGAGCUGCAGAAAAAA